AGGCGGAGCUUGGCGGGGGACGCCGGAGGCGGCCCCUGACCUUCUGACGAAGCUUCCCCAUGGCUGACUGGGGUCGGCCGCGCUCCGCCGGCCAGAAGGCCCGGGGUCCCCGCGCCUCCCGGAAAGCUGCAGGUACUAAAGAGACAAGUGUUUUGAAACAAGAAGAUGCGUUUAAAAGGAAAACAGAACUAGAAGCAGCUGUGAAAAAGAAGAUUGAGUUUGAGAGAAGAGCUCUACAUAUUGUUGAACAACUUUUAGAAGAGAAUAUUACAGACGAAUUCCUAAUGGAAUGUGGGAAGUUCAUCACACCUGCUCACUACAGUGAUGUCGUGGAUGAGCGUUCUAUUAUCAAACUCUGUGGUUAUCCUUUGUGUCAAAAGAAGCUGGGAAUUGUACCAAAACAGAAGUAUAAAAUUUCUACCAAAACAAAUAAAGUCUAUGAUAUUACUGAAAGAAAGUCUUUUUGCAGCGAUUUUUGUUAUAAAGCAUCCAAGUUUUUUGAAGCACAAAUUCCCAAAACUCCAGUAUGGGUUCGAGAAGAAGAGAGGCAUCCCGAUUUUCAGCUGCUGAAGGAAGGACAAAGUGGCCAUUCAGGAGAGGAAGUACAGUUAUGCAGUAAAGCCAUUAAAACAUCAGAUAUUGAUAAUCCUGGUCAUUUUGAAGAGCAAUAUGAAUCUAGUUCUUCUAGCACUUGUAGUGAUUGUACCAGUGAUAAUGAGCAAGACUUUGUUUCCUCCAUUCUACCAGGAAACAAACCAAAUGCAAUGGGUACAAGGCCACAGUUACACCAAAAAAGCAAAAUGAAAAAGCAAGUUGGUGAAAAAGCUAACUCCAAACACAGAGACAAAGAACAGACAGUAGUAGAUGUCACUGAGCAGUUAGGCAGUUGCAGAUUGGAUUGUCAGGAGAAAGCUGCUGAUUGUGAAUUUCCUUUACAGAAAGUAAAUACUCAGAUUUCUUCAUAUAGUCCUUUGCAUGAAAGAUUAAAAGCUUCAGGAAAUUUUGAAAAUAAAUACAUGUCAGAAAUAACUUUUGUUGGCAUAAGUAAGAAAAGUGCUGAGCAUUUUAAGACCAAAUUUGCCAAAUCAAACCAAAUUUCUAAGUCAGCCUCUAGUUGCAUGCAGAUGUGUCCUGAAGUUGCAAAGACAAACUUACUUAAAAUUCUAAAACAGACUUUGAUUGAAUGGAAGACAGAAGAAACUUUGAAGUUUUUGUAUGGCCAGAAUUAUGCUUCUGUGUGUCUGAAACCCUCUCCAGCCUCUCUGGUUAAUGAAGAACUUGAUGAAGAUGACAUAAACUCUCACCCAGAUAGCCAUUCCCCUGUUUUGGUGGAAUCUCAGAAUAGCCUGGAUGAAUCUUUACCUUUCAGGGGCUCAAAUGCAGCCGUUAAACCACUGCCAAGUUAUGAGAACUUGAAAAAAGAAACUGAAACAUUAAAUCUAAGGAUCAGGGAAUUUUAUAGAGGACGAUAUGUUUUGAAUGAAGAAACCACCAAAUCACAAGACUUGGAAGAGCAUGAUCCCACCUUUCCACUGAUAGAUUCAAGUUCCCAGAACCAGAUUAGAAAACGCAUCGUUCUUGAAAAAUUGAGCAAAGUAUUGCCUGGACUUUUGGGUCCUCUUCAGAUUACAUUAGGAGAUAUUUAUACUCAACUUAAAAAUCUUAUCCGAACUUUCAGAUUAACAAAUAGAAAUAUAAUACACAAACCUGUGGAAUGGACUUUAAUUGCUGUGGUGUUGCUGUCAUCAAGAGGAAAUUGCCAGUGCUGAAAAAUCUAGGGAAAGGUCCAGACCAAAACCAAAGAGAAGCCAUCAAGAAGCAGAUUGACUUGCCUGAGUUCUUCUGUAUGUAGCUCGAGUGCCAGAAAUGGGAAUCAAGUUUCUUCAAGAGGACUUGUAAUUAAAAUGUAACUUUUUUCACCUAAAUUUAAUAUGGAACCUUUAUAAAUAGACUACUACUUUUGAUUCUGGCAUGGGUGGCCAUGGAGAGAGAGAUGUGUUGCAUUCUAUGGGAAUUACUUAAAUUAUCUGAUGAAAGACAUGAAUACUUAUUUUGUAUUACUCAGAAAAUAUAGAGGGAAAGUGACUUGUAGUAGUCUAACAUUGAUACAUCUAUUCCUACUUUUAUGCCCUUGAUUCUCUCUAAUGGAAAGCUUUCAAGACUAUCUCCAGAAAUGUCCGCUUUCAUUUUAUUUAUCUGAACUGGCUGUUUCCAGUGAACUGUGGCCUGCUUCCUAGGCAGAGACCGUGCAAUAGUUUAUUCCCUCUAAAAGCUUUGUGUAUUCCUGUCGUUCAGGGAGUAGCAUGUAAGUCCUGGGAAAUGGUAUUUAAACAAACUCAACUUGACCAUGAUCACUAAACAAAAGCCAUCACUGGACACGGACAGCCACUUUCGGUAACCAUCAUACAGAUAGAUACUCUGGAGAGUCCCUUCCCUAGGGCUACCAGGCAUGAAUGGAAAGAUGUGACUAAGGCUUUUUACUUCAGCAUGCUAUUUUUUUAAAGGCUGCCCAUCACUAAUUUCCUCAUAAAAUUUGUGAACAUACCAUGAAAAAACAAAGAGGUGGUUCCUUAGAAAUUUAUUGGUUCUUAGGAGUCUUCGUAAGUCUUUCUUUUAAUAUUCUAAAUUUAAUUUGGGGUAUUUGAGACUAUACUAAAAGAUAAUUAAAAUUAUGUCUUAUAGUUUCUUAUAUUUAUGGAAUCUCAUAAUUGAAUUUUAUUAAAACAAAAUUUACCAUUUUAUUGUAUAUUGUUCAACUGGUUUUUAGUAAAUUCAUUGUAUUGUGUAUUCAGUGCUAUCUAAUAACAAAACAUUUUCUAUCAUUCCAAAAGGAAUCUUUGUAUCAGAUGAGUUCCAGUUUCCCUUUCUCCCAUCCUCUGACAACUUACCACUCUAUCUCUGUGGACUUUCCUAUUCUGAACAUUUUAUAUAAAUGGAAUUCUAUAAUCCA